GUGACAUUAAUCAGAACCUCGUGUCAGGCGUUGUUUGUAAAUAGUGCGCUACUUCCGCGCAACAACCUUUUCCCUUCCAUUUCCAUUCUGGGAACAACAUGAUUUUCCCGACCAUUUUCCCGAAGCGCAACACCACGCACCAUAGACCAUCAACCCCGAAAUGUGGACGAAAGGUUUUUUUUUAUUGCUGCUGAACAGAAAACAUUGAACAAAGGCAGAGGGAGAGAAUGAGAAGGGAAAGUUUGCUAUAGUUUCACACACAUGCAUGCAAAAAGGAUAAUGCACGCACAUUACAUUUCCUGACACUGGUUUGGUGGCACUACGCCGAUGGCAGUGGGAAAAAAACAGCGCAUGCGCGUUAAAAACGGGAUAAAAUAAGGGUGUAAAGCAAGGGUAAUAAACACGCAGGAUCUUGCUAUAUGCAUCCUUUGCUAUAAGUCGCUCUCUUCUCACAACUCUCUUUUAGGGAGUGUUUUUCGCGGGUGUGUUUCCUUUUUUUUUCGUGUGUAUUUUAUCUACUAUCAGUGGUAAAGUGUCUCCCGUCAGCAGAAACGUGUCAGGACAGUGAGAGAGAUAGAGCACGCGUGCCAUAAAAACUGAGAGAGAGAGAGAGCGAGCGUACACGCACACGAGUGCGAGAGCGUCCACGCAGGAACGUGCUGGGUGCAGGCUAACUCUCAACAUUUUCCAUCCGAAUAUCUCGAUGCAAUUUUCAGCCGAAAAACACACGGUAACCAGAACCACAACAGAGACGGCGUGCGAGAAAAAUCCAGGGAAAACAUAGUGGACAGGAAAAUAGAGAGAAUACAAAAUAAAAAUCAAGGAGUUACCAGUGUGCUUUUGCUAUCAGUGACGGUAGUGUUUUUGUCCUUCCUACUGGAUAAUGUGGUAAAUGUGCAGCUAAUAGUGAAAACAACACGGCCGGACCUUCCGAAUUCUGGUUAUGCGGUGUGUGCGAUGGUGCCAACCGAAUCCGAUUAGCAAAGGAGCAGCACACUUCUUCGCUGGCAUACAUACACAAACACGCUGGAUGGGUAAGCGUCGCGAACACUCACACGCUACCAAAGCUCCGGAUGUCAGCGUAGCGGGUUCGCAUCCAUCGGCCAGACAUCCGGACACGGCGUAGGUCCGGAGGGAACGGCACCACCAAGCAGAAGGGUUUUUUUUGAAAAGCAAAAACAAAAAAUCACCGACCAAAACCAUCAACCAACUUCAACUGGGUAUUGCCAUUCUGACAUUUCUCGGCAGACAAAAUAGCAAACCGUUGGUGGUGGUGUUGCAGGGAGGCAAAAUAAAAAAUUCGAACAUCAACCCGUCAAUCAACCACAAAACCCAUCCCGGCAACUUCCCGUAGCAGGCUGUGUGACAAUCAAUGUCAGUGUGAAACUAUCUUCACCUACAGCACCAUUAAAGUGUUAAGCGAGCCGAAAACAGAAGCUACCGAAGUACGCGCGUUCUUGCAGCAGUUACCCAGUUACCACUGGCAGCCAUCAUCGAACGAGACGACCCUUGGGGUGAACCGGAAGUGGACGGAAUAGAAAUGGCAGAGCGUGAUUAUAUCGGAUUUGCCACACUGGCGGAACAGGUGCACCGUAAAUCGGUGAAGCGUGGUUUCGAGUUUACGAUGAUGGUGUGCGGCGAAACCGGCCUCGGCAAGUCGACGCUGAUCAACACACUCUUCCUAACUGAGCUGUACGGUCAGCGUACGGUACCGCCGGUGGAGGAACGGAUCGAGAAGACGACCCGCAUCGAUAAGAAAACGCUCGACAUCGAGGAGAAGGGCGUGAAGCUGCGGCUAACGAUCGUGGAUACGCCCGGGUUCGGUGAUGCGGUUAACUGCGAGGACAGCUGGCGCGUCUGUACGCAGUACAUCGACGAACAGUUCCGCCAGUACUUUACCGACGAGAGCGGCCUUAACCGGCGCAACAUACAGGACAAUCGGGUACACUGUUUGCUGUACUUUGUGCCACCGUACGGUCGCAGUUUGCGUCAGAUGGAUAUUGAACUGUUGCGCCGAAUGCACAAGAAGGUUAACAUCAUCCUGGUGAUCGGGAAGGCGGACACACUCACGCCGAAGGAGGUAAAGUCACUGAAGGCACGCAUCCUGGAGGAUAUCGAGACGCACGGUAUCCAGAUCUAUCGGUUGCCCGAUUGCGAUUCCGACGAGGACGAAGCGUUUAAGCGGCAGGAUCGUGAACUGAAGGCAAGCCUACCGUUCGCGGUUGUUGGCAGCAAUCAGGUGAUGGAGGUCGCUGGUCGUAAGAUACGCUGCCGCCAGUAUCCGUGGGGUGUGGUCGAUGUGGAAAACUCGGAAUACAGUGAUGUGGGGAAGCUGCGCACGAUGCUCAUCUCGACGCAUAUGCAGGAUCUGAAGGAUACGACGCGCGACAUACAUUAUGAAAAUUUCCGCGCACAGUGCAUUUCGCAGAUAUCGCAGCACGCACUACGCGAACGGAACAAGCUGAAGCAUGAAUCGACCGCGUCCAACCAUGAGCUCACCGAUGCGGAGCGUUUGUUGCUGUUGCAGAAGGACGAAGAGAUUCGUCGUAUGCGUGACAUGCUCGCUGAGAUGCAGGAGAAGCUGGAAACUACUACCACCAAUGAUGCGGUUGUUGAUGUUUAGUAUACGUCAACAGUGCAGUAUACGUUACGUCAGGUCGCCGUAUAACAUUCAACAUGCGUUACGCUUAGCCGUAACACGCUUUCAGUAACGACCAAAACAAAUGCGAUAGAAGAGGAAGCAAAGCAUUACUAGCCGAUUCAAAUGAGGGGGUGGAUAGCAUUUUCGCUCCAAAUGUGGAAGCGUGUUUUUCCAUUAUCGAUAAUAAUUUAUUUUGCUGCAACUCGGAUGUUACUGCGCGUGGGAGGUUUGAUGCACCGUUGCGUAAAGACGGAGCAGUCGUGUUGCUCAAAAUGUAACAAACAAAAAAAAAACCCGAACAAAUGAAUGAAUGACGUUAAUACAUACUCCUACAAUACUACUCAUUCCCGUACGCACUAGUAAUUCUUUUUACAACCUAGCAAAACUCGACCAAAGAAAGAGAGAGAGAGAUAGAAAGAGAAAUUCGCACACUCUUUCCGGAUCCGGGCAAGACAGAGAUAUUACGAUAAGGGCGACGGUACGAACACAUUGUAGGGAUAACUUCGAAAGGAUUCAAAUACAAAAUACGCAACAGCAAACCUUCCUCAGCUGCUAGGAAGAGGUUUAGUUGACUGGUUGCUUUCGCCCAUUUUGAUUUAAUUACGUUUUCUUUUCCAACUCGCCUAAAGGGCACUCGAGGGGAUACGUUACGCGGUUCGCAAUGCACACUAUCCACACGUAACGAUAGUGCUGUAACGUAACACCUAACGAUAUUGCGUGUUUUAUUAUUAUUAUGUAUGUAGCAUAGAUAUGUACACAUGGUUAGACUGAAUGCAAGUAUUUAUAUGAAGAAGGCGUACCCGUGACGAGAAAAAGCGAUUACAAAGAAAUUUAGUCGACAUUCAGAUUUAGUUGUAGAUGAAGAAACAACAUCCUGUCGGGCUAGCCGAAGGAUAAUGGAAAAGAGAGAGAGCUUGAGAGAGAGCUAGAGAGAUAGAAUGAGAGGAAGGUAAGAUUGCAAUCAAUCAAUCACUUUAAGACAAUUCAGUUACCACCAAAACGAAGUCAUGCGAGGAUAAGAGAUAGUAAGGGACUGUACGGUGGUUCGAUGAUCAGGUUUUAAAAAACGUUUCACACGUGUAAUUUCCCUUUUCGGGCUAUGUGGAGCAUCGAAUCGCGCACAUUGACCCACAUACACACACACUGCUGUUAUCAUAAUUGUUUUCGUUUUCGUUUGUUUUUGUCAUUGAUUUUAAAACAUAUUUAAACCCAGUAUUUAUUGAGGCGCCGUCAGGCGGUGCAUAACCCGGAAGUAGAGUGUAAUGUGCGGUGAGUAUGUAUUGAGCGAGGUUAAGGCACAACCCGUUAGACAGGACGCGCGCAUCAUGCCGAGUUCGUACGGUGAACUGAAGCGCACUCGGACGCGCCGUGUCUCGGUGGCGUCUUUUGGUGUAAGUCGUAGUUUAAAACCGAUUCUCUCCAAAAAAAAAAAAAACAAAAUAAACGCAUCCGUACAAUGUGUGUGACAGCAUGUUGCGCGAGUUAAUGAUAAAA